CUCGAAGUGUUGAUUGUUCACGCGGGAUUAAUUUAUUUGAUGUGCAUUUGAGUUGUUAGUGACCGGGGGAGUCGCGGAAAUGCUGAAAAUUCGGGGCACCACUUCGCCCCCCAUUUUGUUUGUUUUCGUUUCGGUGUCAACGCGCAGUUAGGUCGCUGUUUCCAUGGCAGCCGGCCACAACCGCUCGGUUCUCGGCCUAUUACACGGUUUUCGGAGUUUAUUGUUUAUUAUUUAUACGGUGUGAGGGACGAGAAUGGAGCAGCUGGUGGGGAGCAGUGUCCAGGUCGUUUUGAGUCUCAAGGAAGGGAAGGGCUUUGAUAAAGUAGCAAAUCCAACAAGUAUAAUCGCGACAUUGAACGGAUUAUCACUAGAAACAGAUUUAAUCAGUCCCGAAGGAAACCCCGUGUACGCUACCGAUCUAGUAUGGGAGGCGACAAAAACAACCCUUCGAAAGAUGCGAUCGGGACAAGAGCCGUUGAAACUCGAAUGCAUCGAAUUCAAAGAGAACGGCGUGAAGGAAAAGAUCGGGUACUUGCUGUUGAGCCUGCGAUCAGCGCAAAUUGUCCCCCGGGGGAACGAGAGUACCAUUAAGACGGAUUGGCAUAGGCUGCUGGGCCUCAGGAACGAUGUGAAAGGUGAUAAGCCAGAAUUUUCACUCUCGUUGACCAUUGAGGACAUGGAUACCAGGGAGGUUGGGUGUUCAGAGAAGAAAGAUGAAGAGUCACAUAAAUUAAUUGAAGAGAAUGACCUCCCAAUGCCCUACGUAAUCCCUGAAGAGAGAUUGAUUCAACUCGGUCCCAUAAGAACCAACCGGGAAUUAUUCCUUUUGAACAUCUUGGCUGGAACGACUGCCAAUCUUCACCUCAUCUCCCCGAAACCCGCAUCUCCAAAUAGCUCAACCAAAGUCCUCACCUUCUGGUACAAAAUCCUGGACAAUGAACUCCAGUCCAAACCUUUUACAAUUGACUCCAACGUGUUCCCCCUGAACGAGAAGAUCGUCAUGAGAAUAAGAAGUUCCUUCUCAGUGUUAAAAAAUUAUGUAGAACAGAAGCCCAGUUUUCUUGUUGUUCUCAAGUGUGGAGAGAGUAUCUUGGGGGAGUCAGAGGUAGAUUUGAAGACACUUUUGUCGGGGGGUAGUUCAGGGCAGUGGGUGGACACCUGUGGGGGUCGGGAAGUCCUUUUGAAUGAACGGUGCUUCCUGAAGACUUUGGAUAGGAGAGAUGAGACUGUUGAUGCUGAGGAGAAACCGUAUCUUGAUUUACAAUUGGUUCUCACGUGUGUCGGCAAUCAGGGCGAUGGAGUCCAUGUGAAUUCCCUUCCCAAUAAUUCCUGUUCGACUAAUAAAAAUUUAGAAACGAUGAUGCAAAAGCUCUCUGUUACAACGGAUCAUCAAAAUCCUCUCAAUGAUUCACCCAAGUAUUUACGCAGUGGACAUGAGACCGAUUGCACAAGCAAGAUGAAUCAUUUUUCCAACUUUGAAAUACCUCAAGAGCGUCCAGGAAAUAAGAUAACACACUCGUGCAGUGAAAAGGAUUGUACAAAGAGCGUCGAAGCAUAUCACUGUUACUGUCUCCACGUUACACUGAACACUGUAACGCUGCAAUCAGAAUCGAUAAAAAAUAUUGAAUUCAGGUUUCAUCAUCCCAAGGCUGAAGUUAUGUCCACACUUUAUCCGAGAAUGCCAGUGAGAAUGGGUGAGACGUUGAGAUUGCAGGAUAUCGGUUGUAAAUUUCACUUUAUCUCUUCAGUUGAGGAGAUCAAGCACUUGCUAGUUGCGUAUCCACCGAGAAUAAGUAUUCGGGAUGAGGAGAAGAUAGAAAAAAGCUGUUUGGGUCAGGCUAUCCUUGACGUGAAGCGAAUAUUGAGCGAUUCCAAAUUGAAAUGUCAGUACGAAGCGGUUUUAUUCGAUUCCAGUCGUCAUGAAAUCGGUUAUGUACAAGUGCAGAUGCACCUGGAGGAUCAUGGGCCCUAUUACAGGACCACGAAGUCCAGUUGGAGUGAGAAUCUGGGGCCACCAGUUCUAGAUGACUCCCUAGCGUCAAAAAUAGUGGACGAACUGGAGACGUGGAAGGAGCGACAGCAGGAGAUGUUCAAAGUGGAGUUACAACGGAAAGAAGAACGACAUCUGAAUCUAUUGAGUGAUGAAUGGCAGAGGAGAAGGGAAUCAUUAGAGUCCCAACUGGCUUGUAGUGUAGAACAAUGUAAAAUUCUAGCUAGUAAUUUAAACAAAGCCACUGAUGAUUUGAGAACGAGGAGAAUACAGAGCAUGGAGAAGGAGGCACAACUGAUGAAGGCGAAUGAAGAGUUGAAGUGGACGUGCGACAGAAAACUGAGAGAUCUGAACGACGCAUCUGAGAGGAUGCGAGAGGACUACACUUCGAAAUUAUCUCGAUUGGAGGAGGAGAAGAAGACCUUUGAGGAACAGAUAUCCGAGCUGAGACAUGAGAAUAAUCGACUGCAGAAGAUUGUCUCGAAGCAGAAUGAGGAGCUGAUGAAAUAUCAGAAGGGCUCGCUCACUUCUGAGCAAACGGAGAAUCUUCUGCAGCAGAUGCAGAGUCUUGAAGAUAAAUUCGAAAGUACCAUGAAGAGCAAGACGUUUUUUAAGGAGCAAUGGGGAAAGGCUGUGAGGGAGAUUCACAAGUUGAAGAUGGAGCAUCAGCAGGCGUUGGAGGUCCAGAUUAAAUCGAGCAGGGAGGAGCUUAAAAAUAUUGAUUUAGAACAAUUACUCCAAGCAGAUUCAGCAGCCCUUUCCAACGACAAGCUCCUCCUCGACGAAAUUCAACGAGAAAUCAAUGUAAUAAAACCAAAACCCUCUUAUACGAUUAAUCCUGAAGAGUUCAAUAGUCUUUACGAGUGUUCUUCUCGAUCGAACAUGGAUUAUGGAAGACGACAGCACUCCAAGGAAUCGAGUCAACAGGAGGAAAGACUGCGAAAGCUCAUUGAGGAGCGUGACACAUUAUUGAAGACUGGAAGCUACAGCACUGACGAUGCAAUAAUAAUUAGGCUAAAUUCGGAGAUACGAUCUCUAUUGGUUUCUCGCUGAAAUAAUAAAUUCAUUUUAUCAAAAUUAUAUUAUAUUGGAUUAUGUAUUCAUUUUACUGAAUGAAUUUGAUUAGA